AUGCUACAUGGAAACAGUCCUCAGGAACAGAUCCAGGCACUCCGCUCCGUCAACAAGGGCGUUCCACCCAACUCCAUCCCUCCUGCCGGUCCUGAUGAGAUCUAUCACGUUGACACACAUCUCGACCCUGACACCCAAAAGGGGUUCAUUUUCUGGGACGAUAUCGUUCAGGCAUUCGAUUACGCAGUUCAUGUCCGCCACAAGACGAGAGUGGUUUCGUUCCAGAGAGGAAUAGACCAUAGUAUCCUUGAGCCUCGCAGGAUCACCGCCGUGCCGAAUAUUGUCUUGGAUGUGGUCGUAGAUACUCCAGUGACCGACAAUGCGGGGGCCGUUUCUCUCCAGGUCCAACAGCCGGAUCCUCAACCAGUGCCGCCGCAGGACGGCAGCGCCAUAAAGAUCGAGGAUACAUCCCAGGAUACCAUCUCAGCACCCAGUAUUACGUCGAUACCCAUUACUACGACUGCUACCUCCACACCCAACACAACGUCCUCAUCCAGUUCCCCUUCAACUACAACAUCCGCCGUCAGACAGAACCCAGUCUACGGUCUUGUAGAGGUCUACGGUCUUGUAGAGGUCUGCGGUCUUGUAGAAGUCUACGGACUUGUAGAGGCGACGAAGGAAAGUUACACUCGCAUCGACAGACCCCUUACGUUCCCGUCAGCUCGAGAUCCGCAAGCAGUGCUGGACGAUCAAAAUCCAGCUGUCAAGGAUACUCCAACCACUCCUCGUCCUGACAACGACAACAACUCUCAGCAGCGUGGGCCGCGGAGCGCAACAGCUAAUGUGUCCGUGGCGUUGCGAUUGGCACGGACGAUCAUUAGUGCAAGUAAAGGGGACAAGGACGCCCAGGUCGCGCUUGGCGACAUGUACAGGGACGGCAAGAGGGUUGCGCAAGACUAUCAGGCCGCCUGGGAUUGGUACUUCAUGGCCGUCAAGCAAGGAGACGCAGCUGGUCAGCAGAGAGUAGGCGCCCUCUACCAUAAAGGAUUCGGUGUCCCGCGGAACUACUCAGCAGCCAUGAGCUGGUACAUCAAGGCCGCCGCACAAGGAUAUGCUGUCGCUCAAUACAGCAUCGGGUUUCUCUACCAACAUGGCCGCGGUGUUCUUCAGGACUACGCACAGGCGAUGGAGUGGUACAUCAAGGCCGCCGCACAAGGAUAUGCUAUCUCGCAAUGCCGCAUAGGUUGUCUCUACGACAACGGUGAAGGUGUUCCUCAAGACUACGCACAGGCGAUGGAAUGGUACCUCAAGGCCGCCGCACAAAGAUAUUCUGUCGCUCAAGUCAACAUCGGCCUUCUCUACGAAAACGGUGAAGGUGUUCGCCAAGACUACGCACAGGCGAUGGAAUGGUACCUCAAGGCUGCCACACAAGGAUAUGCUGUCGCUCAAUACAACAUCGGCCUUCUCUACGAAAACGGCGAAGGUGUUCGUCAAGACAACGCACAGGCGAUGUAUUGGUUCCUCAAGGCCGCCAAUCAAGGUGAUACUUUUGCUCAGAACAGCAUCGGCCUCCUCUACGACAGCGGCCGAGGUGUUCGCCAAGACUACGCACAGGCGAUGGAUUGGUUCCUCAAGGCCGCCAAGCAAGAGUACGACGUUGCUCAAUACAACGUCGGCCUGCUCUACAGGAAUGGCCAAGGUGUUCGUCGGAAUUAUAUAAAGGCCGCGAAGUGGUUCUCUAAGGCAGCCGACAGAGGAAAUAAGGACGCCAAGCGAGAAUUGGAGGCCUUGAAGAAAAAGGGUGUUGUUGAGAACUAA